AUGUUAAGCUUCAUACUAGACGGCCGUAUCGAACAGCUGCAGUCGCCACCCGAGAUCAUUCCAGAAGCUGGUGCGAACUCGCCUCCUACACAGCUAUUGGAAGCUGUUAAUUGCGCUGCAAAGACAGACGAGAUAGACACAAGAGCAGUCUCCACAGUGAAGCCUGAGGAGAACGAAAUUAGGGGCACUGGUCGCUCAACAGGUGACUGGGCGCUCAAUGGUCAUCUGUUGCUCAAAAACCCGAUGCACCAAACCGAACAGCUUUCUACCUCGGCACCUACGGAGUAG